AGAAGGAAUGGAAGGCAUAUCGGAACCACCAAAAGAUCAAAGGAAUAGCUCAGAUAAAGGAGACACCGAUAUUUACGAAAACACUGCAGACAGCAAAAAUGUUAAGGAAAACAUUGCUGAAGAAGGGAAAUGUAAUAUAGAAUCGAGAAAAAGCAUUGAAGACCAAGAAAAAAGCAUUACAGAGCAAAAGAAAAGUAUAAAAGACCUAGAGAAAAUCAUAAAAGACCAAGAAAGAACCAUUUCACAACAAGAGGAAAUAACUGAACAGCUACAGCAAAGUAUUAAACAACAUGAGGAAAAUAUUAAGGAACAGAAGACAUUAAUGGAACCUCGGUGGAAUAUCAUAGAAAAUGAAAAGGAAAGCACAAAAGAAAAAGAAAUCGACACUAAAAAGAAAAGCACGAAGUCUGGUGAUGGCGAGAAUGAGAUAGAGAUCAGAAACAAGGAAGAGAAACGCAUUGAGGAAGAAAAGAAAGUCAUCGAGAAGCAUGAGAAAAUUAUAGGAGAGCAGAAAAGAUGUGUUAAAGAGCUAGAGGAAAGCAUCCAAAAGCAAAAGGAAUCCAUUGAAGAGAUCAAAAUAUACAUUACAGUACAAGGGGAAAAUAUUAAAGAGCAAGAACAAAAUGAAAUUAUCGAAAAGCAGAAGAGAUUGCUUGAAAAUCUGGAUAAAGUAAUUGAAGAACGGAAUAAAAUCAUUGAAGAGCUGAAUAGGUUUCGUGAAGAUCUAAUGAAAGUGAUUAAAGAACAGAAUACAAAAAUUGAUGAGCUAAAGAAAAUCAUACUAGAGCAAGGAGAUGUUGACAUGAUAGCAAAUGCCGCUUUAAUGAUUGUACAAGGAAUACAGAUGGUUAUUGCUGCUUUUUUGGUUUCCUGGAGUGAUUUGAUUAAGAGAAGCAAACCUUGUGAAAGAGGGGAAGCAUUGAAGAUGCUUGAUGUCAAUUAUUCGUGCCAAUACGAGGAAGAUAAAAGGAAAUUGGAAAGUAUUUUGCGAAUUGGAAUAUCAUCUUUAGCUUUGGACUCCUUCUUUUUGAGUGGUUGUUUGAUAUUUUGCUUGACACUUCCAGUACUCAGAAGAAAGGGAUUAAUGACAUUGCAUUCUCUUUUUGCUGUUGUAGCUUUUGUGUUCUGUGGUCUACUUUUGAACGAGUACCUCGUUAUUUCAAGAAUCAAAGCAGUUCAAAAAACUACGGAUUAUCAUAAAUUAAGGAAUGAUAUGUUAGAAUCGCUUCGACAAAAUUACAGAUCUGAUAUUCUCAACAGCAGUGAUAUGAUAUCAAACAGUUGGAACUCCUUCUUUAUUAAGUACGACUGUUGUGCUGUAAAACAAGUAACGAGCACAACAAAUGACUUUGAUACUACCCCAUGGUGUACAACAUCCGGAUCUUGUCAACAGACGAAUUCACAGAUUCCGAAGACCUGUUGUAGAGAUGUCACUGAAGAUGACUACAUGAACGCACCUGAUAGCUGUCAUGCCACCGUCACUGCCGGAACAUAUAAGGAGAGCUGUUUCAACCGAAUGAAAACAUUAAGUGAUGUUGCCAUGCAAGAAUGUGAACUCGAUGCACUAUGUACCUAUGUUUUUACAUUGGGAAUAAGUAAGCUUGCUGCAUUUGUCCUUAGUAUUGUGACAGUUCUGAUACGCUUUGUUGGCAAGAAAAGGAAAAAAAAAAACACCAACAGACAUAUACCGAAAAUAAGACUUGUCGAUUGGAAAAAUAGUUAGAAACAUGUAAAAUAUGCCUACAUCACUAAAAGUAUCAUGUUUGAACUGGAAUUUCAAUGCAAUUUUUGGAUGGCAAUAUUUUGCAUUAAGCAGAAAACAAUUGAAAAGCAAUCAAAUGCAAUAAAUUGAUGUAUUUCAUAUUUGCAAUCGUAUGUUAUGUAUAAUAACUACAUUGUACAAAUGUGUUUCAAAAUAGACAGUGAUAAGGCCGUAUCUUUAGUUUUGAGACGAAAAUUGUAUUCAAAGCACAUUGAGUUCAUGGUGGUAAAUGUUAAGAAAAGGAAUCAGAAAAUACAAACAUUUUUAAAUAAAUGCUUUUUUUUUCACCUGUAUGUAAAUCUAUAAGAUUUAGAAUGAAUAUUUUUUUGAACAUUUUGCACUUGGAAUGCAUAUGCUAUAUUAUAUUAAUGAUGAAGGGAAUCAUAUUGCAAUCAUAUCAUAAUUAUUUCAUUUUUAAUAGUUAGCUUAUUAGUGAAAGUAUAAAAAGUUUAAUCAGCCAGGAUGGAUAUUAAUUUUGUAACAAUUACAGCGACUGGAUUAAAGAAAUGGAGGUCUUAAUUCCAUGAACUAAAAUUAUCUUUAUUGAGCAAAUUGGAAUUUGAUGUUUGUGCAAUGAACUUUAAUGUUGCAAAUAUUAAUUGUAUUAGAUUAGUCAGAAAAGACCGAUAAAAUCCUUCGAUACUAAUGUAUUACAGGUAGAAAGUGGUUCUUUACCGCACAAAUUUUGGUUAAUGUAUAGUAGUGUAUCCUUCAUUGGAAUAAUUAGUAUAGCAUCUUAAGUAAUUAGAAAACCCAAAAUAAACGUCUUAAAUGAAAAUAUGAGAGGAAAGUAUAACUAAUAAAGUGUUUUGAAUAUGUCAACACGUUGAGCUUGAAAUAAGAGAAACCACAGAGUCUGAUACAUUUGUUGCAUAUUUGGAUAUUUUAAGAGAAAAAAAAACGCUAAUGGUAAUCUAACAACAAAAUUUAAUGAUAAACGUGAUGACUUUUAAAAUUAAAAAAAAAAUUCAAUAGUCAACUCCGCUUACUUAUGCAGCAAUAUGCCCUUAUCACCUGCAUAUGGGAUUUAUGUCUCUCAGUUGAUUCGAUACACAAGAGCUAGCAUACUCUACGUAUGAACAAUUUCUAAAUCGAGGUAAGCUAUUGACAAACUAGUUGAUGACACAAGAAUGUCAAUAGUCUCGUUUAAAGUCAUCAUUUUGUAAGUUCUAUGGUCGAUACAAUGACCUUGUCAGCAAGUACAAUCUAUCAUUAAGUCAAAUGCUGACACGUUUUUCAUACCAGUUGUUAGAUCAUUCUUUACAGACUGAAUUGUCAACGGAUUUUUCCGUUAUAUCCCAAUCGUGCCAAGGAGCACAUGGCGGGUGUGACCGGUCGGCAGGGGAUGCUCAAUCCUCCAUAGACCUGAUCCCACCUUUGAUGAUUUAGAUGUCCGUGUUUGCUCUGCGCCUGAUUUGUAUUGUUUGAAUGGACUUUUGAGUUUGAAUACUGUUCGUUAUCUCCAUAUAUUUCAUUAUAGACUUAACCAUUGCUGGCCAUUUUUUUUAAUGAUUGAGUGGUAAACCACCUUAGUUUUCUCUUUAAAUUAAUAGAUUUACAUCUGAAAUAUUAAAACGUUGACAAAUAUAGUGCUUUACAGCCUUAUUUCUACAUCUUCUACAUGAUGUAUACCCCAAUAUCAUUCAAUAAACUUGCAUCUUAAAAAAACAAACAUAUCAUUGAAAAAUAUUUAUUUAAAAA